CUCUUCGGUGGCACACGGUCCUGGGCUCCGCGAGGCUCUUCCCGACGUGGCCGCCGGGGAUUGGCUGCCGGCAAGCCCCGCCCCGUGCCCCCGGGCUCUGAGGGGGCGGAGCGCGGAGGGAGAAGGCGCGAAGGCUGGGCGUCGCGAUCGCAGGUGCUCGCGUGUGGCCCGCGAGACGAGGAGAUCCUGUUGGAAAGCAACUGCAGCAUUCUGAGCUUGGGAGGUUCGAUGCUGACACCUGUGAUUGACAGGUCCUGGAACAGUAGUCACCCCCAACUCUCUGCUAAACUGUUUGGGAAGAAUGGAGUGUUGGAGGAGCAGAAGUUUCCAGGAUUCAAGAAAAGAGAGACAGAGGUGUAUGUUGGCAAUCUUCCACUGGAUAUUUCUAAGGAGGAAAUUCUGUACCUUCUAAAGGACUUCAACCCUCUUGAUGUCCACAAAAUCCAGAAUGGCUGCAAAUGCUUUGCAUUUGUAGAUCUGGGCUCCAUGCAGAAAGUAACACUUGCAAUCCAGGAGCUGAAUGGCAAACUCUUCCACAAGCGAAAACUGUUCGUGAAUACAAGCAAAAGGCCCCCCAAGAGGACCCCUGAUGUGAUCCAGCAGCCCCGGGCGCCGUUGGUGUUGGAGAAGGCUUCUGGUGAAGGAUUUGGCAAAACCGCCGCUAUUAUACAGCUCGCUCCUGACGCUCCUGUUGACCUGUGUGAGACAGAGAAACUGAGGGCAGCCUUCUUUGCAGUCCCCUUGGAAAUGAGAGGUUCCUUCCUGGUGCUGCUCCUGAGGGAAUGCUUCCGAGACCUGAGCUGGCUGGCACUCAUCCAUAGUGUCCGUGGGGAGGCGGGGCUGCUGGUGACCAGUAUCGUCCCAAAGACCCCGUUUUUCUGGGCCAUGCACAUCACUGAGGCUCUGCACCAGAACAUGCAGGUGCUGUUUAGCACCCUGGCUCAGGCGGAGGAGCAGCAGCCCUACCUGGAGGGCUCCGCCGUUACGCGCGGGACUCGCUGUCUGGCAGAGUACCACCUGGGGGAUUAUGGACACGCCUGGAACAGGUGUUGGGUACUGGACAGGGUGGACACCUGGGCUGUGGUCAUGUUCAUUGAUUUUGGACAGUUGGCCACCAUCCCUGUGCAGUCUCUGCGUAGCCUGGACAGCGACAACUUCUGGACCAUCCCACCCCUGACUCAGCCAUUCAUGCUGGAGAAACACAUUUUGAGUUCGUAUGAGGUUGUCCAUCGAAUCCUCAAAGGGAAAAUCACUGGUGCUUUGAACUCGGAGUUGCACAUCCUAAAGUUUGAAGAGUCUAAAUAAUGGGGUUUCCCUCAGCAUGUUCCCUCUCCUGUUUGCCACGGAUCCAGAGGCCACCUGCCCUGUCUUCUCGUACCCCUUUCACUCUUGAGGCCUGGGAGGUGAAAAAGGCCAGACUGUGCCCAGGAUUGAUUUCCAUUUUGCUUUUACUCCCAGCUUCCCUCUCAAAAGAGAGUGAAGUCUCAUUUGUCAUGUGUCUUCAGUUCCCCAACUUGGCAUGAACAUUUGAACCAAACAUAGGAAACUACCAUUAGGUUGAAAGCCUGAGGCAGCUGGGAUGGUCUUUCUUGUGUCUCUUCUUUGCACCCCAGAGCAUGAUGUAAGUGGUCCUAACAGAUUCUGGAUAAUGGAGAAGCCCUCUGGCUAGUUUUCCUGGCAUUCCAUGUAGAAUAGGUAAAGAAUAUUUAACCAAUGAGCAAAUAAAUGUUGGCAUGUUUCAUGA